CAAUGUUGCGAAGUGUUUAUCAAAUUUCAAAUGAAGCGGUUUUGCUACUGCUUCGACAAUAACCUGUUGUCAUGAACAAUGCGAUACUACGCAGUUCAGCAAUCACUGAACUCAUCUUACACCGCUUUACAAAAUCAUCAUCGUUCUACCCUAACAUUGAAACAUUCACUAGCAACGAUCAAUCGUACUUUUUACAACCACGAUUACCGAGUUCAGUUACUAUGGACUUGGCGAAAUGUCUGAAGGCGAACGGGAAUAUACAACGGAAAAAAUUCGAGUCGAUAUUCAGUCGAUUUGACCGUACAUUCAGUGAUUGUGAAGUUGUCGAUUUAAAUGAGUUGUUUACAGAGAGCGAUCGAACAAAUAUUCCAUCACAACGGAAAGCUACACAUAAACCCUUGUCUCGCACAACGAAAAACAAGAGAAAUCGCCGCAAACCUAGCAAGUUAGUGGUAGUCUCUAACAAAAAAUUCCCGAAAUAUCAAACAAGGAGUGUAACCAAGAGAAAAUGUUCAAAGUCUACAAAAGGCACCUCUACCCGCCUUGCGAGAAAAUCAAAAACAGCGCGAAAAUCGAAUGGACGUGUAAAAGAUAUUUUCCCGAGUCCUUUACCUAAUGGCAAUAUGGUGGGAUCGGUCGUGUCGCGUAACAAAAGUAUGUUCUGUGAACCACCAACCGUUAUGGAUCUAGAUGUUUCGGAUUCAGAUGGCAGCGAUAAUAUUUCUGAUGUUGAUACAAACGAUGAAGGUUCUGACAAGAGUCAGUUCUGUACUCCCCCAACUAUCAUUGAAGUAAACCCUUCCAUUAGCAGAAGUGGUUUCUGUACUCCACCGACGGUGAUUAACGAAAAGCUGGACGGAAACUUUGACCUGAACAAGGAAAAACAAUCAGAUAUAUGGCAUGAAUGCUUCAGCAGAUAUUAUGUUCCUACUAAGUCUAUGCUAAAUAUAAAUCAAAGAACCACAAAAGCUCUUUUAAAAUGGCAGAAGCAUUUUGCUCACAUGUUUCCAAGGUCUUCUUCUCUAUAAGGAGUCACAGAAUGCAGCAGACUUAUUUUCCAAAAUCUAAUUAAUCAUCAGUAAUUUAUGAGGAAAGAAGCACCAGUUGAUUUAGUUGACACAAUGCCAAGAUAGAUGGAAACUUAUUUGUUCCUUCUUUGAAAAACUGUUGUCUUUUCUCUCUUUUUAACCAUUCUGCCUUCAUUCUCUAUGUUUGGAGUAUGAGAAAAUCUAAUAACGUUGAACCAUUGCUAUUGGUCUUUGGUCUGCUUUUAAAUUAUUUUCUCUUGGCUGUCUUGGAAUGAAUUAGCCUUCAAAAUUUAUAUUUUGUAUGGUACUCUGAAAUGGCCAAAGCAAAAUUUUAGAAACAAUGUGAAGUUUUAUUUGUGUUGCUCACUUCUUUUUAUGUCUAACAUUGUGACUUUUAUAUGGUUGUCUGAAAUAUCAAGUAUUGAAGCAUCUGAGAGUGAUUCGGUCUACUUUUACUCAUGCUAAAUAUUCCUACUGCACAUAUGGAAGAAAUGUUACUGUUAGCAUUAAUUGACUAACUUCGAGAAAUUUCAUUCAAAUCAUUUAUUUUAACCUCCUUUUGUAAUUAAUUU